UGUAGCCUCGUGAACCAGGAACUAUCGAAAGAUGUUUGUCCUUAUGGAAUUGUAAGAUACAGGUACAAGGUAGUUAUGCAACGUUGUGUACAUACACGGUGUCAAUUCUCCCGCCCCUGCGGCCAGCUGGUGUGUGGUGAUAGUGUCCCACUAAGAGGGUGGAGGUACGUCUGACCGGCAUGCGCGUCAGAGGCUGGGCAUUCUAAGCCCGCAUCCACUUGUGCUGAUCCUGCCUCAAGAACCAUACAGCAGGUUUUAUCUGGCUAUCUCUGUGGAACUCCUUGGUGCGGCGGUCUCUGGCGACGCUCGAGGGACUGGUCCGGUUCCAAGAGCCCAGCUGAAGUAAGUUGUCACGCAGUGGACGCUCUCUACCACAGACUGAGGAAGUGAGUUUCCGGGUUACCCGAUCUUUGGUCAAGGGGACACCGUAGCCGUCUAUUAACACUGAAGCCCUGGCAAAUAUUGCGGCGGUGCAGCAUCGACUGCCAACAUAUCCUCUGUGGCAGCCCCACGCCAUCCUCCACGUAUAUACAGGGAUGAGUGCUCAUGUUGUGAUUUGUUCGCACAGUCGACCUAUUAUUAUUGUUCCAUCUACUACAGAGUUGCCCUGUUGUGUUGUUAUCAGCGUAUUGAACAGAUCUCUACGGAAGCCCAAGUUUGCAGCUAGCUGUGAAAGAGGAGGUAUUUAGGAGGCCGGCAUGGCAACCGCGGCACAUCUGGUUCUUGUUACGCUCGCACUGGUAAUACUGAUAACGGAGUCUAUGGCCGUUCAGCAUGGAAUUAACCUCAUUUGGGCCCAGAGAUCCUCAAAACGGAUAGAUUAUGCUAAAAUUGUUGGUAUCGAAGGCUACCCUAAAGACUGGAUCUCCACGGGCAAGCUGAAAGUACGUCAGAUAAGUGCACCGAGUAUACAGUGGCAUUUUAAUGCCUUGGCGUAUCAGUACGACACCAAGACUAUAUACUGGAGCGAGAAAGGCAACAAGAGAAUUCAGGGUUUGAGAUUAGACGGCUCCACUGAGACAAACAAUGUGUUUAACGGAACGUCGAGUGAUGUGGAGGGCCUGGCGGUGGACUGGGUCUCCAGGAACUUGUACUUUACGGACUCUGUGUAUAACUGGGUAAUGAUGGUCGGUUUGAAUUCUACCGUUUUCCCGCACAAACUUGUAACGGAUACGAAUUUAGAUCGGCCGAUGGGAAUAGCUGUGUAUCCUCAAAAAGGCUAUUUGUUCUGGUCUGACUGGGGCGUUGAACCUAAGAUUGAAGUGUCAGACUUAGUGGGUGAGAACCGACGGGUGCUGGUGGGAAGGACACUGAUGUACCCCCGCGGGUUGACGGUGGACCACGCCGAGAACGUUCUAUAUUGGGUGGACAGUGGAUUGGACACAGUGGAGUCCGUGCAAUUCUCAGGUGCAAACAGACGUCAGAUAGCUUCCCAGCCUGGCUCAGAUUUCUACGGCAUUGCCCUGUACAAGGAAUAUCUUUUUGUCACAGAACAAAACGAAGGUCAUUUACGAAUGUACGACAAGACGAAAGGCACAAAUUAUGUGAACUACAAUCUGGAUUCCACGCCGUAUGGCAUCAUUAUGUAUGAGGAGAACUUACAAGAAGGAGAUUUUGAUGACUGUUUUGCGAUGGGAUGUGAACAUAUAUGUGUGAAUGGUCCGCUGGUCGGGCCAAAGUGCUACUGUGGGGACGGCUUCCAACUGGAGAAAGACAACAGGACUUGUAAAGCCCAGGUGGAGUUCGCGACGCCGUCUCACGUGUACACGAUAGGCGAUGCCGUGUGUCAGUAUCCCGCAAACCUCCCCGACAUGAGCCUCACCAACGUCACCCUUGACAAACAAUGUUUCAUCACCGAUGGCAACGGCUUUAUGGCACUCGCCUUCAACGUAUACGAGAACAUGCUGUUCAUCAGCGAGAACGGAACUCAGAAAAUCUACCGUGCUCAUUUCAAGGAUGGCGCCACAAAAGAAGUCAUUGUUGGUGGCGUCGGAGCCGUCCAAGGCAUGGCGGUGGACUGGGUGGCGAACAACCUGUAUUGGACGGACAGUGUGCUGAAGCACAUUAUGGUGAGUCGUCUGGACGGAUCCUACCAGAAAAUUCUCCUGAACACCCCUCCUCAACAGCCACUCGGCAUCGCCGUACAUCCCUACAGACGACAGUUGUUCUGGACGUUGGUUGGAUCAGACCCGAUGAUUGAAACCUCGUUCCUGGACGGCUCCUCACGACAGCUGGUUAACAUCAAAAAGGAACGGCUGGGCAUGCCCAAUCAUCUCACUAUUGACUUCAAAUUUGACAGAUUGUACUGGAGCGACUCGACCUUGGACAACAUCCGUUACCUCGAUCUGGAUACCGGAAGUGUGAUCAAAGUCAUUUCCGUUCCCGACAGUCAUAUCUUUGGCAUCAGCGUGUUCCAGGACUACAUUUUCUGGACUGAUCGCGAUGAGCGGAACGGUGUACACGUCGCCAUUGUUGACAGCGGGAAAAAGGUGCGCGGAAUAAUACACCCCGUUGUAGGUGUGGCCACGGACAUCAUCGCUUUUAGUGAAAGUUCACAGCCAAUCAGAAACGGGUUUUGUAGUUCUGUGGACGCACCCGCGGACUGUAAAGAAUGUGGCAAUUUAAAUGGCGGCUGUGAGCAACUGUGUUUGGCCGGAAACGGAACAAAUUUCCACUGCGCAUGCGGGCUGGGUUUCAAACUUGAUGUCGGUGGCAGCACUUGCACAUCCCAGGUGUUGGAGGACAACUACUUAGUGGUAACGGACGCUUAUCAAAAACAGAUUUACCAAGUUGGUGCAGUAUCGAACAGGUUCAACGCCAUUCACGUGUCCAUACACUACCGACCCAUCGCCGUUGACCUUGACCCUGUGGACAAAAAGGUCUACUGGUCAGAUAUUACCUCCAAGGUCAUCAAGCGGGUCAACCUGGACGGGACAUACGAGGAAGUUGUGGCUGUACUCUCAAUGAAAUCAAUCCCUGAUGGAAUAGCCGUGGAUUACCUGAACCGCCUUGUGUACUACACAGACACGGGUCGGGACGAGAUUGGAGUCAUCUCCAUGACAAACUCCAGCAAGUCAAAGGUGGUGGUUAGAUCCACUACUGAAGAGCCUCGGGAUAUAGCUGUGGAUCCGUAUGAAGGAUCUAUUUUCUGGACGGACUGGGGCUCCAAGCCGAUGAUAGAGCGAGCUGCUACAGACGGUAGCCGGCGACUCACCAUUGUGAAUCUGACUGUAGGUUCCUGGCCAAAUGGACUCACCAUUGAUUACAAGGGAAAGCUUCUUUACUGGUGUGACGCUAAGAACAAUAAGAUUAUGUCUGCCGACUUUGAUGGUAACAACGUACAGACGCUGUACGAGGAGGAAACUGCGCACUACUUUGGCAUAGCUCUCAUGGGAAGCUAUAUCUACCUCACUGAUUGGUCAAGAAAAAGCAUCAUGCGUCUGGACAGACAGAACCCUAAGUUCCUGGAAGUCGUGGGACCAGCUACCUUCGGCAGGCUAAACGGGAUACAAGCUUACAACGCCUCGGAGAUCAUCAAGGGCACGAGCGUGUGUAAGGACGAGGACUGUGAGUUCCUGUGUCUACCCAUGCCCAACGGUGGCAAGGUGUGCGCAUGCCCAGAUGACUACAUCUUAAACAGUGAUGGACGCACGUGCUCGGUUCCUCCUAGUACAGAGACGCCACCAUCCACGGACCACACAUCAACAAGUCCGACGACGUCAGCCGGCGCUCCAACGACCAGAAUGCAACCGCCAGUGACGUCAGCAGCGCAAACGUCGAAUAAUACAACAAUUGUUAAACUUUCAACGUCAACACCUGUUCCCACCACAUCGAUAGUCCCCUCAGUGCCGAGCACUGUGUCCUCACUCUCUCUCAGUACAUCAUUAUCCACGGGUCAGUCGCCAUCCAGUCCUACCACACAAGCCGGCCCCAAGACAACGACGACGCCGACGCCAGUGACGUCAGCAGCGCAAACGUCGAAUAAUACGACGACAGUUAAACUUCCAGCAUCGACACAAAAUAUAACGUUGACGUCGACAUUCUCAACUGUUACUUUGAACUCGUCUUCAACGUUAACACCUGGGAAAACUUUAUUUCCAACCACUACUUCAGGAAGCUCAGAGAAGGUAACAAACAAUGAUGAUGACACGGGCAUCCACCCAGGUAUCAUUGUUUUGAUUGUAAUACUCUGCCUGGGAAUAUUGGCCGCGGUAGCCUUCAUGGGAGUGUACUUGUACAGGAGGUGGCGUAGCGGAGGUCGUCAGAUCCUCGUGGAAGACGAACGCGUAGAUUCCUACUAUCAGAUUGCCUUCCCGGAGAGAGCCAAUGAAGAGGCGAGUUUAGACUCGGGCAUUGAAAACCCGACCUACAAAUACACGAUGAGUGAGCUACAGGCAGCGGAAGCGGAACAGCUAGCCAGUUUACGGUAGAUGUCGUAACUGGGUGUAGUAGGGUUGACCCCAGUGACGUCACCGACUCCCACGAAUGAUGAUACUUUAAGCCGAGUACAACGUUGAAAAAUGUGAAGAGUACAUCAGUUGAAGCCAUUGAUUUUAGUGACCAGCAGGUUUCAAUCGAUAUGAUAUUGUUUAUAUUCAGAGUAUAAAGCCAUGAUGUCACGCACCGCGGUGAAAGUUUGAAAUGGAACUUUCUGCUGACAGUUUACUCUGCUGUUCAAAGAAAAGGAAAAACUGUAAUUGUGUGUGACUUCCUGAUGUCAUCAAGCUAACAUUACAUUGCCAUGGCGCAAAGUUUUGAGGACAGGCUUCUGAAUAAAUUGAACAUGGGACCAAAGUCUUUUUGAGGACAUCUUCAGAAAAAGUAAUUCUGCUGACGAAGACUUUAUGCGUUUAUAGAAUUACACCAGAUAUUUGUGGGUGGUGUGUCACAAUAUUCUGUAUGCUAUUGACGAUAAAACUGUUUUCUCUAUAUGUGACUGAAUUGGUAUUUUUGAGAUAUUUUAUUAUAGAUGAUGAACAAAGAUCGUUGCGUACACAGUGAGAUAUGGGAUUAUAUAUUUUUUUUUCGUUUUUUUUUUAAUUUUUUUUUUUUAUCUUUUAUCUUUCUUUUUGGCCUCAAAUCGCUGGCCUGUUUUUUAUGCGCAUCAAAAUCUAUCAUUGCUCUGUACAUGGUUUUGUAUGCUCGUUAUUUUUAUGCUCCAUUCCAAGAAUACGCUAGUGUAUGUAAAUUACAUAUACAUCUACUGCAUUUUGUACAGUGUUUUCUAUAAGGUCAAUAAAUAGUUCAUAUUUCUCUGUACGUAUAGAGUGUCGGGUUUUAUUCAUGACAUUUGAUAUGAUAGUGGUAGUGUUUCAGUUUGUUUCGGUUCAAUUGCUUGCACUGAACCGCAUCUAUGCAUGUAUCUCUGUCC